AUGUCUCCGACGGGCAGUUCCAGUUUUAAAUUAAAUUCAUAUUUUCAAUAUCUGGUAGACGAAAUUAAAAUAAAUAUUUUUAAACAUGUUGAUCAACCUUUUAAUUUAGCUCGUUCUUGUAAGAGUUGGGCAGCUGUCGCAAAAGAUUCGUAUGCUAAAACGGAAUGGCUGUUAGCCCGUUCAGGAAAAACUCAUGCGUUAUUUGUUGCCGUAAAGUUAGGACCAAGUUUUCUUACCAUUCCAGUAUGUCAAAAUUUACUUACAAGAAAGGUCAUCAUUUCGAGAUACUUCGUUCAAAGGUUAUUAAUGCAUUUUGGAAAGUUCGAUCAAAAGUUGAUAGAUCUGAAAAUUGAACAUAACGUUAAUCAACUUGACGCCGAUAGAAUCUGUGCACUCCAAAAAAGAAUCAAAUCGCCAUGGGCCAGCAAUUUAUCUUUACCAGUAUUCCUUUAUUUAUUAAGCGAAGGAUACAAUCAAUUUGGAAAUGCGGUUCCUUUAAAGGGAAAUGAUAUGGAACUAUUCCAUUUUCUAUCAGCAGGUCCUCACGUGAUCAACUACGCACCUGGAAUGCUGCGGAAGAAUUUAAAAGACAUUGAAGAUUUGAUUUUGAAUCAAAAAUUCAUUCCAUUUCCGCCCAGGCCAAAAUCCAUUACGCGAGAUUUGAAUCAUGACCCUCACAUUCAUCAACAACCACCUCCGGAAGAAUAUCCUCCCAAGGACGGUUAUGAGAAUAGUAGACAAUUAAACGUAAUUGCAAGAGCAAUACUUAUUCACCCUGAUUUGGUGAAUUUAUGGAAACAAAUUGGUUAUGAAGAAAUCUGUAAUGAUGUCAAUGAUUUAGUAUUGCAAGGAGCAUUGCUUAUCCUCUUUCCACCAACACCAAGUUCUGAUUGGGUUUGCCCUACCGUUUCCAAUGUAAUUUCACGUCUUAAAGAUCUCAUUGAUUUGGGAUUCAUUUUAAAGGAUAGUGUUAUUAUUGAUGCUCUUCAUAUGUUUGAACAUCGUUUGGAUGAUAUCGGGGACAUACUCUGGAACGUUUUCUGUACAAUUCGAUCCAGUGAACCAAUAUAUUCACUUGCUUGCAAUUUUUUCCGGGAAGCAUUAAAUCCAGAAAGAAAUCUGAAAAAAGAUGAUUUGUUAAAUUUCCUUAAAUCAAGAUUUGAUUAUCAUGAACGAGUUAUUAAAGAGGUCGUUGCACAAUACUUUAAAGAUCAAAAGGUGAACGAUAUGAAUUUAAGAAGGAAGUCGCUUAUCCUUUCACCCAAAGUUUAUCAAUACUUCCUUGAAACAUUUGGGGUAAAUUCAGAGAUAUGCAGGAUGUGCUUUGAAGAUCUUCUUACUUUAAGAAUUUAUAUUGAUGAACCACGUAUUUUAGAAGAUAAUAAAAUUUCACCUGUCACGUAUGACUCUAUCGUAAAAACUUUUAACCUGUAUGUUACAGAGAAUGUUACUUUUGAGCCAGAACAUAUGGAUUUAUUACAAAGCGCAACAAGUCCAGAACUGAUUCGGCCAUUUUUUGAGAAAUUUCUACCUUCCGUUUUUGGUAUGUCCAAGAAUCACAAACUUAAUAAUUCUAAGAAAAGGAAGAGACAAACGGAUGAAAUAAUAAAAUGGUCCGGUAAAUUAAAAUCAUUCUGUGAAACGGACGACGGGAAUUCAUCUAUUAUUUUUAAAGAAAAUCUCUUGAAUUUUUGUAAAAGGUUAGAAAAUUAA